GCAAACGCUUUCUCUACAUUCCUUGUACGUUUUUUAAUAUAGUGUGACGUACAUUUGCUGCGUACGGUGGGUGUGCCGGAGUGUAGCUUGAAGAAAUUAGUGACAUUUAACUAUCAAUGCAAUGGUUGGGGCUAAUGGGGGUUGGCAAACGCUAUCACGAAUUAGAUAUUUUGAGACCAUUUUCCAGACAUGUCACAUGGUGAUUGUCAUGUGAGCAUUGGAAGCUGCGGCUUUGUGAUUGUCUGGAGAGCGCAGCGUCCCUAUUCUCUUGUAAUUUGUUUCCUCAAUGUUUAGCUUUCUGACAGUCCUAAAAUAUAAUUUCUUAAAUUGUAUUAUUCGUAGGAAUUCAUUAAUGUCCUGCAAAGCAUCGCCAUGGCAUCAACGAACUGUAACUGCAUCCAAGACGGUACAGGUUGGUCAGAGAAGGAUGAGCUGUUCUCGCCUGUGAGCAGCUACAGGUCCGAUGACCUCAGUGGCAGGAACCCCCGGGUCACCGGUCUGGUAGGCUCAGAGCUCAGGAAACAGCAGCAGGAGGAGGAGGCACUGCGGAGGAAGCUCAAGUACUUUUUCAUGAGUCCCUGUGACAAGUACCACGCCAAGGGCCGCAAGCCCUUUAAACUGGUCCUGCAGCUGCUCAAGAUCCUCAUUGUCACUGUACAGUUAGUCCUGUUUGGCUUGAGUAACCAGAUGGUGGUGACAUUCAAGGAAGAGAACACAGCAUCCUUCAAACACCUUUUCCUUAAAGACUACUGGGAUGGCUCUUCAAUGGCAAUCCACACACAGAGUGAACUCUAUAGCCAUAUUUAUUAUGCUGUAGAUCAGUUCCUGGCUCUACCACAGACAUCAGUGGGGCGGUAUGCAUAUGUGUGGGGUGAGGGUGUGAAUGGGAGUGCCCUCUCUCUGUGCCAGCGGUACUACAAGAGGGGCAUCAUCGACCCCAUCAACGACACCUUUGACAUCGACCCCGAAGUUAUCACCGAUUGCAUUGGUGUAGAUCCACUACCAGACCCCUCUCCUCCUGAUUACAGUGACUACAAGAACUUAAUUCUCCAGUUUCACAAACUGAUCAAUGUGACCAUUCAGUUCCAGCUGAAGGCAAUAAACAUCCAGACCAUCAUCAACAAUGAGAUCCCUGACUGCUACACCUUUGCUAUUAUGGUUGUCCUGGAUAACAAAGCUCACAGCGGCAGAGUGAAGAUCAGCCUGCUCAACCAUGCCUCCAUCAAGAAGUGCAAAGACCCCAACGUGUGGGGACAUGCGGAGAACUAUGCACGGGAGGCUUUUGACUUGCUGGUGGCCAUAGUGUGUCUGCUGUCCCUGCUGCUGUGUGGUCGCUCCAUCCUCAGAGGAGUCAUCCUACAACAUGAGUAUGUCCAGUUCUUCAGACACAGACUGAAUCACAGUGUGUGCUGGGCAGACAGGAUGGAGUUCAUUAAUGGCUGGUUUAUCCUGCUCAUCAUCAGUGACCUGCUCACCAUCACCGGCAGCUUCAUCAAGAUUGGCAUAGAGUCCAAGAACAUGUCGUUGUAUGAUGUGUGUGGGAUUUUGCUCGGUACCUCCACUCUGCUGGUGUGGGUGGGAGUCCUCCGCUACCUCAGUUUCUUCCAGAAGUACAAUAUCCUGAUUGUGACGCUGCGGGCUGCCUUCCCUAAUGUAAUCCGCUUCUGCCUCUGUGUAGCUGCCAUAUACCUGGGUUAUUGCUUCUGUGGCUGGAUCGUGCUGGGUCCUUACCAUACCAAGUUCCGCUCUCUGUCCAUGGUGUCAGAGUGCCUGUUUUCUCUGAUCAACGGGGACGAUAUGUUUGUGACGUUUGCAGAGAUGCAGAAGAGUGGCACGCUGGUGUGGGUGUUCAGCCAGGUCUACCUCUACACCUUCAUCUCCCUCUUCAUCUACAUGGUGCUCUCCCUCUUCAUUGCUCUCAUCACCGGAGCCUACGAUGCCAUCAUGGCCCAAACCCAGGAGCCGAUGCACAUCACAGACCUGCAUGCUUUCAUAGCAGAGUGUAUUGAUACACCUUGCUCUGGAAAGUUCAGUGGCCCAGAGGCAUCCUCCUGUUCAUUCUUCUGCUGCUGUGACUGAAGAGAGAGUGCGUAUGUUCGUGUGUGUGUGUGUGUGUGUGUGUGUGUGUGUGUGUGUGUGUGUGUGUGUGUGUGUGUGUGUGUCAUUCAGGGUUUGAUGUUUUUGUAAUCUCAAUUCCAUUGACAUAGAUUGGUCAUUUCUCCAUUUCAGAUCCACCAGUGGGAGGAUGUCUUCUAGGUGAUAUGACCUUAGACUACACUGUCCUCUGUAGGAUGUGCCACGUCGGUGCAUUUAAAUUCAGACUGGUACAGUAUGUUACUAACUGCUGUAGAUUGCACAUUAAUAUUUAACACGCCAGUUCAUUGGGUUUUUAUAGCUAACAAGUUACAUUCAUAUGGCUAGCACAUUCUGCUAGCUAAUUCAUGACUGUAAUACAGCAAUAUAGCUAGCUGUCCUUUCAGAGAGAGAACUGAUUUUGCACAACAUACUGUAUAUCUGAAUGUUUUACUUAAUAUGAGUUGUAUUUAUGCUGCAGUUUUGAUUUAUAUUGUUGAUAAGCUUUUGUUGAAUUGGGUCUGCAUGACCCUAUGACUGAAGGACGGCAAUGGUUUAAUUGUGCUUUACUGUGCCUGGGGGGCCCUGAACGCUAUGAUUGUCCUCUGAAUUAUGUUUAUGACAGAGACGCACACUAACAGACAGGCUGAAACGUGCACACCGUUAUGUACUGUAUUUUUAGGGAAGGCUACUCACUCUUUGGUCCUUUAUUCCCUUCUCCUCCUCUGGAUGGGAUGACAACAUGUUCAAGGACAGGACCUGCAGCCAUAGUUAGUCAUAGUUAGACAGGUGAUCCUGACCCGAAUACCAAUGCACUGCAAGACAGCUAUAGUGGGUUUUAUAGUGCACCCUACAGAAUCCAUAUUGCUGAGGAAAAGCCACUUUUUUUUUUUAAACAAUGCUAAAUGUUUUAACCACCCUUAAUAAUUAUUUUGUUGGAUGACUGUUGCAUCUGACUGAAAUAGAAGGGAUUAUUUUAUGAGAUAUGUCUGACGUUGUUAUAUUGAAUUCAGUGGUCAUUUAUUGAAUCUCUCUCCGGUCAAAUUCAUUCUGCAAACCAGUAUGUGGUUCAAAUCAUGAUUCACUGAAGGAAAGGGACUGAAUUAUCAUAUUGUAUCUGUUUGAUUUGAAAAAUCUUUUGAAGUGAUGUAAUUUCAUUGUAUGAAAUGUUAUUGAAAGCUUAUAGUGAUGUUCAUUAGGUGAAAAAAGGACUCUAAUUGCACAAGAUUUGUAAGCGAUCAAAAGGAAGGGAAGAGUUGGACAAAUAGAGAAAUCAUUGAUGCCUACCCAGAAUGCACUGUUUCUGGUGAAGUUGUUCUUCCAUUACAUGUUUUCCAAAGAUUAUUUAUUCAAGUAUGUGUUGAUGACCAGAAAUGUAAUUUUUUUUCUCCAUUCUUUGAAUGUUUUUACUUAGUACAUUUUAUCUUGCUUGAGAUGAUCAGGUAUGCAUAUGAGAUGAUCAGGUAUGCAUAUGAGAUGAUCAGGUAUGCAUAUGAGAUGAUCAGGUAUGCAUAUGAGAUGAUCAGGUAUGCAUAUGAGAUGAUCGAGUAUGCAUAUGAGAUGAUCGGGUAUGCAUAUGAGAUGAUCGGGUAUGCAUAUGAGAUGAUCGGGUAUGCAUAUGAGAUGAUCGGGUAUGCAUAUACGAUGAUCAGGUAUGCAUGUACGAUGAUCAGGUAUGCAUAUACGAUGAUCAGGUAUGCAUAUACGAUGAUCAGGUAUGCAUAUACGAUGAUCAGGUAUGCAUAUACGAUGAUCAGGUAUGCAUAUACGAUGAUCAGGUAUGCAUAUACGAUGAUCAGGUAUGCAUAUACGAUGAUCAGGUAUGCAUAUACGAUGAGUCGUGAUGACAGAACAUGAAGCGGUGCUAAAUGUCUCAUGACAUGCAGCACAGUGGCGCAGCAGAUUACAUGGAAGGGUAGUAGUACUGUAUUUCUUAACUACAUGUGCUUUAUACUCUGCUAAUGUGAUCAUUUCUGAUUUGUUUUACUUUUUGUUUUAAAAAUGUUGUGGUUAGUUCGACUGAUACAAAUAAUUUUAGUAUGGCCAAAUUGCUCAACGUCUACAUUUUGGAUGAGCUUCUCGCUUGUACAUAUUUUUUUGUUACUUUUUUUUAAAGCCGUUCUCGUUUCAUGCACUUUUCAUUCAGUACAUUGCAUUCCUUUCUGUCUAUUGCCAGUAAACCACCUCCAAUUAAAACUAUUGAAAAGCAUGCUCUUUUACUUCUACCAAGCUGAAGUCCUAUUUUCUGGUGAUGUGGUCCAUGUUACUGUUUUUCUGCUCUCUCGUCGUCAAGGACAUUUUACAUUUAGUCCUCUUCAUGGUCACUGAGGCAGAACAACCAUUUCCUUUUGUUAAUUAUACCGGUUGAGUGCUCGACCUCAGUGCUCAACAUAUUAAAUCAAUCCCUCUCCCAGUCUGCUGUGCCCACAUGCUUCAAGAGGGCCACCAUUGUUCCUGUUCCCAAGAUAUCUAAGGAAACUGAGCUAAAUGACUAUCGCCCCGUAGCACUCACUUCUGU